AGCAAAUAAUUCUCAUGUUUUGACAUUUCAAAAUCCAUGUUUAAUUACUUAUUUUGUUGUGGUUUGCUUUAGAUUUUAAAUAUAAUUAAACUCUUUGAAACCAGGAUCUAAAUAUUCAGCAAGCAAGGCACAGAAAACUUACUCUUACGAAUAAAAGCACUUACUGUCUAAACUAAUAUAAAAUACCUAUUUAUAUAUUACAGUUCCUAUAGAUAUUGCUUACUUUGUUGUUGUUUUUUUUUUUUAUAUAUUCUGAUCUAUCAAACUCCUUGUCGCUCUUAGAUCGAAGUAUAUUACUAAAUAUAAUGCUUAGUGAUGAAUUCACAGUCAUACGUAAAAUACAUUCAAUCUAUCCAAAAACUCAAGGAAGAAUGCUUACGUACCGGCAUGAAUGAAGAUGAGUUUAGAAAAAUAUAUUUUGAAUCAUUAUCAUCUUUAGUGGAAGAAGAUCAAAAAAUGACACGAAGAAUCAUGGAUUUUAUAAAAAGGCACAAAAUUACACUUCUCUUGAUUAUGUUCGCUAUUUGUUUCCAUUACAACUUCCAGUACAUUUACAGUAGUGUAGUGUGCAGUUUACAAGAUUAUAUUUAUACUGUAUUAAGCCUAUUACGGAAAAUAUUUAUUCCAAUUUUGACAAUAUUUCCUUCAUUAACUGAAUAUUAUCAUGAAACAUGUUUGAUUCAAAAUCCAUUCUUCACAGUGGUUGACAUGGACUGUUGGCCAUGCAGCACAGUAAAUAAUGUCAGAGAAGUGGAGAAUCCACAACCAGUCACCAAUGAGAACACUGCUCCAUUUAUAUACAAAACUGAUCAGCCACGAAUUACCCUUGGUGAUAUAAGAUUUCUAUAUGCAAGCACCUACAAACUCAUUGAAAGAGAUAGUCGAAUGGUUUUAAUGAACAAUGAGUACUAUCUACGUCCCAAAGAAGUAUUUGAUCGUGUGGAUCAUAAUGAAAUUGACAAUUAUUAUAUAUGGAAAUUAUAUAAGACAAGUGAAGCAAGAGUACUCAGAGAAAUCAUAAAAAGACCAAAAGUGGUACCAAAAUUUGGCCAAAGCCUUGAAAGAUACCUAAUUAUAGAUACAAGUCAGAAAACUUAUCACCUUCCUGACACAGAAUGCAGCUUUGCAUACUUUUUAUCUUUGUGUGGAUCACGGACAAUACAAUUAGUUCCUGCAGAAGAAUGUAAACAUCAGUGUAAGUCUUUACAAGUAGAAUUGAAAGAGAAUUAUUUAUUGUGGUAUAACUGGUGGUACUGGAAACCAAAAGUUGUGUCUUCUUCGGACAAUUCUUCAUUCAUUGGACAUCUGGGAUCAUAUUGCCAAAUGUAAUUAACUACCAAAGAAAAAAGUAAAACAGUAAAUAUUAUAAUGGAAUGUACUCCACCAAUUUAUUAAUAAAUAAAUUAUUAUAAAUU